AGUUGCGAAGAUCGAGAAGACGUUGUUCGGGGGAAAUGCCAGGAAAUUUUAGAUGGAUUAGCUAAAAUCAUUGUUAUUACUUUGCUUUAAAAAAAAAAAAACAGAUAGCUCUUUUUUUAGUCACUAGCCUGUUAAUGUGGUAAAUUUAAGAACUUUAGCUAACGUUAGCUAAGAAUAAUAUAAGGUACCUCCACCGCUCGCGUUGCUAAAAUUGGACUUGGAAUUAUUGAUCUCCCGGUGUAAAAAUGGUUGUAGAGCGCCAAUUUCAAAGUAGCUUCAGCGUCACCAAAAGAGUUAUUAUUUACAAACUCUUAAUCUUGGAGCAAAUCAGAAACACACUGGAAAAAGAACUUCGAACUUUUACUGGAAAGGCAAACGAGGCGGUACAAGACUUUCUGAACAUGACUGAUGCAAAAGCUACGCGGGACUGCACCGAACUUAUAACGAAUUUAAAUUUUAAGUGCAACAUAAUGAAUCAGCUUGCAACAUUUUUCCAGGAGCUCAAAGCGGGUAUAGAGCCUCCAUGUGGUUUAAAAAUAACGGCAGUCACAGGAACGCUCUUUCCGUGCGUUCCGAGUACUCCUGUGUCGCAUUGCACGUCUGGGAGCCGAGAGAUUCGGGUCUCUGACAUGCUUCACUUUGGACCCAUGUUGCAGAACGCUCUAAUGGCGACCUCUAUAACGAAUGCAGUGCAGACAUUUGGAGCCAUGCUAUCGCUCCGCCAUAUACAGCUGGCCCUGGGCUCUCAGCCAGAGGUGGUCCUAUGCUCUACUUCCUCCAGCUGUGAGGUUAACAUUCAGGUGUGCGAUUCACUGUCAGGAGAUGAGAGGGAAAGCGUGCCAGUGGCGAUCGAUUGCGAGAGAGUGUAUCCCCUUGAGGCACCAAGACGCCACCCUGGUCUGAAGAAAGGCUUCGAGGAUGCACGUGCAGCCCUUGCAGAGAAGGUAAAGACCGUGGUUCAGCACAUAUCUCCACAAUUCCCAGAUUGGGGACAGGGAAAUUGUCUCAGGGUUCAGCAUCAGAAGCAAACCUCCUCUCAACUGAUACACUUCAUAAGGAGGAGUAGGGACACGGACUGUCUGGUGCAGGUCGCGUUCUUCAAAGGGAAACCAUCAGCAAAGUCUCGGCCGGUCACAAAUGAACAAGCAGCAGACAAGGAGAGCAAAGUCACAGUUAGUUUAGAGAAACAACAGUUUUCCAGUCUGGUCCCCGUGUUCAAACUGAAGCGGAACAGCAGUGCUGGCAGUCUAAUCUACAGCUGCGUGGUGGCCACUAAGUGUGAGCUGUGGGAUGUUGCUGAUAUCUUCACUGAGGAAGCCUGCUGUGUCUCUGAACGUCCUCUGGGACAGGACAGGGAGUCGCCCGUCGACUGCAGCGGCGACUCGUACUUCGAAGUCCUGGGGCUGUCGCGGCAGGGAGCCUCCUCCGCCACGCAUGAUGUCAUCAGCGUGACACCAGCUCCCGCGAGCAGAGUCGACCCCGCUGCCAGAAUCCCCGAGUUUAAAAUCCGCAAGUUUGAAGAGAUGGAGGUGACGGUCUCCCACCUGAUCAGCCCCGGCGAGUUCUACGUCCAGCACGUGAGCUCAGAGCUGCAGCAGCUGUCUCGGAUGAUGGAUGGUCUUAAAUCCCACAGCUCUCUCGCGCAGUUGAACUGCGUUCCAGACAUGGGCACCUGUGUGGCCGGCUGGUUCCCCGAACAUCAGCUCUGGUGCCGCGCUCAGGUGCUCCGAAUCUGCGGCAUGCAAGCAGAGGCCAGCCAGACUGUGGGCGAAGGGGAGGGGACUGGGGGAGACAGCAGGCACAUUGAACUGGAGGUCCGGAGGAUGGAUUUCGGGGACACGGCCCGCGUCCCGCUGUACCACCUCAGAGAGCUGGACGCGCUGUCGGCCGCGGUGCCCCGGCAGGCCCUGCAGGUGGCGCUGGCGAACGUAUCUCCAGUGAAUGGGCAGGACUGGACCCCGGAUGCAGUGAGCUGGUUUAAGGAUAAAGUGAACGGGAGGACCCUGUACGCCCGUCUGUACUCCCAGGGAAAAGACUUCAGGAUAGAGCUCUUCAUGGAGAAGGGAAAGAUUGGAGCGAUGAGGAGGGGCUCCUCUCUCUCUUUGCGACUGGCCCAAAAUGGCCACGCCCACCACGCCAACCUGAAACGCAUGAAAGGCAGUCUUCUGGACAGGACAAGGGGGAAGGUGUCGCAGUGGGAGAGACAUCUCAUUUCUUGUUAUUCUCAAAACCUGGAAGCGAAAAUGAACUGGGCGUCCUUUUAUGCCGUGAUAAGCGGCGUAAACAGGCAUUCCACGGGCAUCGGCCGCAUUUGGCUCUCCGUCCUCUUCAUCUUCCGCAUCCUGGUGCUGGUGGUGGCGGCCGAGAGUGUCUGGGGCGACGAGAAGACAGGCUUCACCUGCAACACCCAGCAGCCGGGCUGCAACAGCGUCUGCUACGACCAGUUCUUCCCCAUCUCGCACAUCCGCCUGUGGGCCCUGCAGCUCAUCCUGGUCUCCACCCCGGCUCUGCUGGUGGCCAUGCACGUGGCGCAUCGCCGCCACAUCGACAAGAAGCUCCUCAAGCUGUCGGGCCGCGGCACCAGCCCCAAGGAUGUGGAAGAGAUCAAGAACCAGAAGUUCAAGAUCGUCGGCGCCCUCUGGUGGACGUACACGGUCAGCAUCAUAUUCCGCAUCGCCUUCGAGGCUGGGUUCAUGUACCUCUUCUACGCCAUCUACCCUGGCUACAAGAUGCUGCGGCUGGUCAAGUGCGACUCGUACCCCUGCCCGAACACGGUGGACUGCUUCGUGUCGCGACCCACGGAGAAGACCAUCUUCACGGUCUUCAUGCUGGCCGCGUCUGCAGUGUGCGUCCUCCUGAACGUGGCCGAGCUGGCCUACCUGGUGGGACGGGCCUGCGCCCGAAACCUGCGCCGCACAGAAGCCCCUCCGAAGGGCGUGUGGCUGUCCCAAAAGCUCUCCUCCUACAAGCAGAACGAGAUAAACCAGCUGAUCGCCGAGCACUCCCUGAGGGCCAAGCUCAGCGGAAGGAGCCGGAACCCUGUGGACAAGGAGGAGAAGUGCGCGGCGAGUUAGACCCUGUGGACAGAGCCGCCUGUUCUGGGCUGGCGAGACUGAACCCGGGCAUUGAACCAUCUCUCAUGGGACACAUCCGGCACAACACAGCAAUAACGGCCAUUUUUACUGACAUGGUAGAAAAAAAGACCUUGUUCCUUGUAACUGGAAUAUCUGUUUGAAAUUUUGGGAGAAAGUCAAGUGCAAGGAGGCUUACAGUAAUCCAUGGACAUAUGUGAAAUAUUUAUUGAAUAAUGAUUCAUGACUCACAAAGCACAGAAACUCAAAUAACCUUUUAAAGAGGAUAUUCGUAAAUGCGCAAUACAGUGGCACAAAAAAUAUGAACAGCACUGGGAAUCACUCUUCUACAAAAUGACUCCAGCAUUAUAUAUGGGCAUGCUUUACACCUAGUCCACCAACUGAAACACAUAUUCCAUGAUUAACUAAAUUUCUUCAGUGGUUUAUCUCAAUAUUAGCAGGAAAACAGAGUUCUUUUUUUCUAGUGAGCAAGUCAUAAAUAAACAAGACAAGUUUUCCUCCAACUCCACUGUAUGCAAGCUUGAUUUCAGUAUUUGGUGUGAAAAUAAGCAGCCGGUCACACCACAUGUUUUGGACUGCACUCUCUAAAAUCAGCAGUGGGAUUUGCACAUCAAUGUGGCUCCGGUUGCGAAUGUUGGACAUUUCACAUUAGGUUGAAAUAUGCACAGCCCCAUAUUUGGUUGUAAACUUAACUUAAAGGUACAAUAGGUAAGGUUUUUGUGUUAAAACAUUGUUACAAAACCAUUGUAAAUCCCUUCCUAUCAUUGAAAAAGGCUCCCUGACAUGUUGACUUACCCUCUCCCUGUGUCCUUAAAUUUGUCUUUCAAAAUAUGCAGUUGACGGGUCAGCACUCUGUACAAAACAUUGUAUAGCUGUACAAUAAUUCAAGCUCAUUGGUUCUAAUUGCCACAACCAAUGGUGUUUCAACAUCAGCAGAUUCACAGAGAAGGGGAGGGAUAAACAGUGUUGUGGUCUGAGCGUGUGUGUUGCUGAAAUUCCUCUCCUGAGGGUUUGAAGUCCAAAAUUACCUACUGUACCUUUAAAGAUGAGAAUAAAAUCUUCAAAGAUGAAAUUAUUUGCAGGAAAUACUUCACAGAAACUACACUUGUACAGUAUAUUUCCUGUAGAGGAAAUACAAACCUAAAGAAUCAAACAAGUGCUACAAAAACAUAAAAUAAAACAAGAAUCAACUGCUAUAAAGUAAAGAAGAAAAUAGGCGUAUUGUUCAUUGAGCAUACCCACAUUCCCGCUACAUUGAUGUUACAUGUAAGAAAACCUGGCUGUGAAUUCAAAGCUGCUUCUCAAGACCAUUUUGGUAAACUAUCCAAGGUGUUCCAGUAGUUUGUUGUUUAAUUGGGGCAUUAAUUACUUUUUUUAUUCUUUCUAAAAUUACUCUUAACAGAUUAUGUCAGAGCCAAGAGACUCUAUGUUCAUUGUUCAUUGUUUGUGCAAUUUUUGAAUGCUUGCUCUUCUUCCAAAGUGAUGUCAGAAUAAUAUCUCUGAGGCUUUGCGGUACUGCAGUUAAAACACAUGUAUGAAUUAUUGUGUUUGUUACUGGGUUAUUGUCACAAAGGAUAAUUUUCAAAGCACAAAAUAAGACAUUUGUCAUUCCUUUUCUCACAUUGUUGUAGGCGUGGGCAGCCUGUACCCUAGUGGUGUAUGACUGGGACCCGGAAGGUUUGUGGUUCAAGCCCGCCCUGUUGUCGCCACAAUAAGAUCAGUGCAGCUGUUGUGCUCUUAAGCAAGGCCCUUAUCCCCACAUUGCACCAGGGGGGAUCGUCUCCUGCUUGGUCUAAUCAACUGUAAGUUGUUUUGGAUAAAAGUGUCAGUAAACUGUAAAUAAUGCACCAGGGGUAUCAAGUGGAUAUAUGGAUAUAUGUACACAGCCCCAUGUUUGACACCAAAUUAAUAAAAUUAAAAAAAUAAUAAAACCAGGGGUUGAGUCCUUGAGGGCCAAGUGUGUCUGCAGGGGUUUGGGGUUUCCUUUCAAUCUGCUGCCAAUUUGGGCCGUGAGAACAUGUGUGGAUUCUUUAGCCAAUCAACAAAUUCAAUGAAUUACUGGUGCUGACAUACAAACCAGCAGACACUGCACCCCUCCAGGACUGGACUCUCAUACCUGUGCUGUAGAACUUUGAUGUCUUUCAAAAUGUAUUUUUUGAGUGUCUUCUGAACUCUUAUUUGCUAACCUGUGUUUGACAGUUUAACUGCACAGUGCUUUAACAACAAAGAAUAUAGCCGUGUUCUGUCAGCAUAUUAUGCUGUAAAUAGGCUGUAAUGAACUGGAAUAUGUGGUAACCUUUGAAUAGACUUAGAAUAGUUUAGGAGAGCUUGCUCAACUCACUUGAAUAAACUAUUGAAGGAGUACUUGAACAGAAAUAAUGUGUACUAUUUAAAAACCAUGUUACAUAUUUAUCACAGACUGUAUUUCAGAAUCAUAGAGGUUUUGACUCUUUGGAACUUAGAAUGUAAACUUUCAAAAUACUUUGUUAAAAAAAUUAUUUGCUGUACAACACUAACAACCUGCUGAGUCAUUUCAUUUUAAAAAUCAAUAUAAGCAAUUUGUCCUGGUGUCCGUACCUUUACAGGGUACAACCUGUGAUGACUUUAUUGUUUGUUAUUAACAAUUAAAAUGCAAUUGAAAUUCA